GGCGAUCGAGUUGGAUUUAAAGGGACCGGCCCGGCGGCGCUGAGGGGACGGUCGGAGCCAGCGGGCCCCGCCGAGUGGGGGGUACCUGCCUGCUUUGAUGAGCAGGGUAUUCAGAUCUGCAUGCUAUGCAUAGAGAGAGGUUUGGUGGAAGGUGGCCUCCCUCUGGAAGGGACUCUGGACUCUUGUUAACUGCUGGAGCAGCUGCAACUCUCUGGGUGGGCGUGUAGGUGAAGGACCAUGUCCACAAUGGUGUACCCAAGGGAGGAGAAGCUGGACAAGCUGAGCCAGGAGGAGAUCAUCUGCAACACCAAGCUGGUGAUCCAGGGGCUGGAGGCCCUCAAGAACGAGCACAACUCCAUCCUGCACAGCCUGCUGGAGACCAUCAAGUGUCUGAAGAAGGAUGAGGAGGCCAACCUGGUGCAUGAGAAAUCCAAUCUGCUUCGCAAGUCGGUGGAGAUGAUUGAGCUGGGGCUUGGGGAGGCUCAGGUGAUGAUGGCUCUGUCCAGCCACCUGAAUGCAGUGGAGUCAGAGAAGCAGAAGCUGCGUGCCCAGGUGCGGAGACUGUGCCAGGAGAACCAGUGGCUGCGAGAUGAGCUGGCCAACACCCAGCAGAAGCUGCAGCGCAGUGAGCAGACAGUGGCCCAGCUGGAGGAGGAGAAGAAGCACCUGGAGUUCAUGAACCAGCUGAAGAAAUACGAUGAGGACGUCUCACCAUCGGAGGAGAAGGAAGGGGACUCCACAAAGGACUCCCUGGAUGAUCUGUUCCCGAACGAAGAAGAGGAACAUGGCCCAGGAAUGCCCCACCAGCACAGCAGUGCGGCGGCAGCUGCCCAGCAGGGUGGCUACGAGAUCCCAGCACGCCUGCGCACCCUCCACAACCUGGUGAUCCAGUACGCCUCGCAGGGGCGCUACGAGGUAGCUGUGCCGCUCUGCAAGCAGGCACUGGAGGACCUGGAGAAGACAUCAGGCCACGACCACCCCGAUGUGGCCACCAUGCUCAACAUCCUGGCGCUGGUGUACAGGGAUCAGAAUAAAUACAAAGAGGCAGCCCAUCUGCUGAACGACGCACUCUCCAUUCGCGAGAAGACGCUGGGGAAAGACCACCCUGCAGUGGCCGCGACCCUCAACAAUCUGGCUGUUCUUUAUGGCAAGAGAGGAAAGUACAAGGAGGCAGAGCCGCUGUGCAAGCGAGCCCUGGAAAUCCGCGAGAAGGUUCUAGGCAAAGACCAUCCAGACGUGGCCAAACAGCUGAACAACCUGGCACUGCUGUGCCAGAACCAGGGCAAGUACGAGGAGGUGGAGUACUACUACCGCCGGGCACUGGAGAUCUACGAGAGCCGCCUGGGCCAUGACGACCCCAAUGUGGCCAAGACCAAGAACAACUUGGCCUCCUGCUACCUGAAACAAGGGAAAUACAAGGAUGCUGAGGUGCUGUACAAGGAGAUCCUCACCCGCGCCCAUGUGAAGGAGUUUGGCUCUGUGGAUGAUGAGCACAAGCCGAUCUGGAUGCACGCGGAGGAGAGGGAGGAGAUGAGCAAGGUGAGGAGCAAACAGAGAGACGGUGACCCCUAUGCAGAGUACGGCAGCUGGUACAAGGCCUGCAAAGUCAGCAGCCCCACAGUGACCACCACCCUGCGGAACCUAGGCGCUUUGUACAGGCGCCAGGGCAAGCUGGAAGCAGCAGAGACGCUGGAGGCAUGUGCGGUGCAGUCUCGGCGGCAGGGCAUUGACCCCAUUAACCAGACCAAGGUGGUGGAGAUUCUGAAGGAGGGAGCCAGUGCGGAGCGGAGGAGGAGCCGUGACAGCCUGGUGGGCAGUGUCAAGUAUGAGAACGCCACAGACGGUAGCGAGGAAGCUUAAAUGCCUCCUGAGACUCCCUCUUUCCCUUCCACUACAAUCACCUGGAUGUAUGUGUUGUACCUUCCGACUUUUCCUCCGCACCAUCCCUCCUUCCACCGCUCCUGCUUUCCUCGGCAAGGACUCCACGCCAGUCCCCAGCCUACCUUCCCAGCACGCGAGGGGCGCCCCGGCACCUGCAGAGGAGCGCCUGGCUGCAGGGGCUCAGCCGCUGUACUCUGUCAGCCAGCAAGAGAGCAGGAAGAAUCUGCGUGGAGCUGUCCGCUCCCCUGCAGGGAUCCCUCUGGCCCCCGACCUCUGCUUCUGUCCUUGUGUCACUGGGGCCUGGCCUGCUGGUGGAAAGUGUCCUCGCUUCCUGGGUGUGCACCACACACCCAAAGGAGCUCACACUCCCGCAUCAUCCCCCAGCCUGCUCUGCAACACGCCCCCCAGCCUGCUCCCUGCCCUUCCCCUAGCUGCCAGGGCACAGGGAGGCUAGGGGGGUACUGUUUGGGGUGUGCAGGCCUGGGCCGCAUGGGGAUCUCUGCUGGGCUGUGGGUGGGCACUUGUAUCCCAUUAGAAUGGGCCUGUGUCUGGCACCACAGAGGCCUGGGCGAGCAAGGGGGGCUCUGGUCUGUGGGCACUGAGGCUCUGCUCUGACUCACAGGAUGGUAGCGCUGGGCUCUGGGGACUGAAACAGGUGCCAAGGCCGAGGCGAGAGGGGGCUGCCCAAAGCCAGGGGUCCCACCCUGCAAGCAGGGGCUGUUGAUCCAGACUCCCAGUCAGGGUUGGGGGCAGCAGCUGAAGGGGCUGGGGGAGACGGGGGCUGCGGGACGCAGACAUGGGACAGGCACGGCUGUGUGUGGCUUGUUCAGGCCUGGCCUCUCUGCUGAGACCGGAGGGUGGGGUAUCCACCUGGUCUCUGUUAUGGCCCUGGGUGACUGUGCUGAGAAAACGGUUCCAAGCCAGCCUGCGUUUCCCCAGUAGCCCAUUUGGGAGGGGACGGGGACGGGGAGCGAGGGGUGAAGCAGCAUGUGCACUGCUGCUCCUUUAAGAGGAAGGGAGCAGGGAAUGAAGGAGCAGAGGCUGGAGCCAUGUGUAGCCACGGUGGCAAGGGAAGGGAGCAGGCAGGCCCCAGCUGGAGCUCCCAGCAGAGAGGGCCAGCUGGAGGCCCACACGGGAUGGGGGCGCUCCCCCUGCGGCAGGGUGAAUUGCUUUGGGGAGGAGCAGGCAGGAGGGCUGAGGGACGCGGGGGCAUUCCAGAGGAGGUGGGGGGACGGAGGGAGAGAUGGGAUGAGUUCAGGGUUGGCUGUAGGGAGGUAAGGGGGUGGUGGAGGAGCAGGCAGAGCAGGGCAUGUUUCUGAGGUACUUGGAUUGGGGAGUCCCCACUUCCUUCUCCCAGCCCAGCUCAUGCCCAGACAGCAGCGGAGCAGCCUCGACCCAGGCAGGCCUUAGGGACCUGGGCUGGGAGCUGCAUUCAGCCUCCCGGGUCACUGCCUUGCACUUAGGAGGAGGGUGGUGGGAGAAUGUAUCCAAACCUUGCCCCUCCCAGCCGUGGCCCUGGAAAGGUCGGUUACCCCCCUGCUGCAGACAGAGGGGCUGAUGCCGAGACAGGGCUCCAAGCAGCCCAACGGCGGGGGCAUAGAGAAGAGAGCUAGACAGGGCCGCCCAGAGGAUUCAGGGGGCCUGGGCUCUUCGGCAGCGGGGGCAUAGAGAAGAGAGCUAGGUGCUGCCUGUUGCUGUCACAGGGGCCAUGGGAGCUGGCUGGGCUGCAGCAGCCUAGAAGGGGUCUCCUAGGACCCUCUGCACAAGGGGAUGCAGUGUGGGGGGCUGUCUUGCAAGGGGGGCAUUUGCCUGGGGCUCUAUGCCACAGGGGGUCGCCUGCCCCAGGGCUUGGUGGCCCAGGGUGGGUUGCCUUGCAAGGGGGGCCGUUAGCCCUAGUAGGGGUUGUGGGGCAGGGCUCUGUGUGGCCUGUGGGACAGCCGACCCUUGCUGCUGGCAGCCCCCCUAGGCCCUGGCAUCCAGUGGGGGCAGGGGAGGGGAGUCUCUACUUCAGGGAGCCAGAGCCCUGUUAAUGCCAGAUGCACAGCAGCCGCUGCCUUCCUGUCCUGAGUGCAGAGGAGCCCUGCUGAAGGGUGCUGGGCUCCCAGCUUGCUCCCUGGUAGCCCACAGGCCAGUGCCCAUGCAGCCGUGCUCCAGCCCCAAGCAAGGCCGGGGCCAGGACGCUGUGAGGAAGCCUCUCCUUGGUGGCUGCUCCCAGUGCCCCCCCAGAGAGCCAUAAACCAGCCCCUGCUCCUGCAUCUCCUCCAGCCGUGCCCUGGGCCCCUGCAUGGCUGUGCACUCCACCUGCCACGGGUUAUUCAGCGGCCUGCUUCUGGCACUGGGCGUGGGGAGCACCUCUGCCGCGGCGCGUCUCUCUGACGUGAACUGGGGCUCCCCGUCGAUGCUGUGAACGAACUUACCUCCAAUUAAAGGCAGCCAGACCUGAACUGCUGCCCUGUGCUUCUUUCCAUGCGACACACGCAGGCCCCCUGGCUCUGCCGGUACUUGGACCGACGCUGGGUGAAGCAACCCACUCCUUCCUUGGGCCCGGAUGUGCUGCAGCUGCCCAGCCCUGGCCCACCCAGGAGUAGGGGUGUGUGUGGGGACUGUGUGUCUGUGUGGGCUGGGAGAUGCACCGAGCAUGGCAAUACUUAGACGCAAAGGGGAGUGAGCGGGCCCCUCGAACAGAUGGGGGGCCGGAGGCUCAGACACCUCCCAAAGUGAGGCCCCCCCAGUAGGGGGCUCAGGGCAGGCUCAGGUUUCCAGGGGUGCUGAGCACUCCCAUCAGUGGGAGCCCCUCUGGGCAAACCUCCGGCUGGGCACCCGCGCGAGGGGCCGCUCUGGAAAGUUGCUCUAAAGGAGUUGUCUAUGAUCACACCAGGGAACAAACCCAGGCUCUCCUGACUGCCGGGCCUGGGGCCUGGGGCCUAGCCGUGGCACUCGGCUGCCUCCCUCUGCCUCUGUCUGCAGUCACUGAGGUUCAGAGUCCGUAGCCGUGGCAGCCUGCAGGCCACUUCCCAGCCGGCCCUAGGCAGCAGGGCUGGGAGUGAGCUCCCCCAGCAGAUACACAGCCAGAGGCAGCUCCCAGAGGCUGGAGGUGCUGAGCUCAGGCUUGGCCAAGCAGUGAUGCAGGGCUGAUCAAAGCUACAAGCAGGAAUGUUGUAGUGAGUGGGGGGAGCUGGCAUGAGGACACCUCAGUACUGACAGUGUGGGACCAGUGCCAUUCACUUGGCAAUUGCCAGCUCAGGGUGGAGCCAGGGCCCACCUCCAAUGAGAGCUAGUGCCAGCUGCCCCACAGCAGGCUGGAAGAAACCCAGGAGUAGCAGUGGCUAACCAAAGGCAGUUUCCUCCUGACCCUAUUAGCUGGAGGCUGGCUCGUGCCCUGGUGUAUCCCUGCCCAAUCCUUUAACUCCACACUGCCGUAUCUCUGAAUAGCUCAGGUGCCAGAUAAAUCUCCAGUCCUUCGGUCAAUACUGCUAAGCAUUUGGCCUCAACUGAAAAAUUGGAGAGGGGGCAGAGAAGAGCCAGAAAUCGGAUUUGAGGGCUGGUCUGCUGGAGAAAAUGCCUCCCAGUGAGAGACUAACAGAGCUCAGGCUGUGCAGUUUCUCAUGAAAGAGAUUGAGAGGAGACUUGAAACUGUCCCCUUGUCGUUGUGUUACAGGCAUGGAUGAAUAGCCAUGCCUGCCUGCCCAUCUGCCGGCGUGUCCCCUCUGAGCCAUCUCCUCUCGGGAGUCAAUAUUUGUGUUACUGUAGGAACUCGUGGCCCUACCAGCCAGGCCCCGUUGUGCUGGGGGCUGUGCAGACAUGUAGGAAGAGCGUCCCUGUCCCAGAGCGCUUACAGUCUACGCAGGCCCAGGCUUUCCAGCCUCUCUCCAUAGGAGUUUUCCAGGCCCUUGGCUAGUCUCACUGCAUGUCAUUAACUCUCUCUCCUGUCUCAGGCGGGGGAGCAGGGCCGUGCACUGUAUCCAGCUGAGGCUGAACAAGGGAUUUAGCUGUCAUUCUCAGCAUUAUUCUCCAUCCCAUUCCUUGGAAGCCCUGAUAUAUUUUUUCUUGUUUGACCAUUGACAGAGGUUUUCAUUGAGCUUCCCACAGAGACACACAGUCCUGUUCCCUGAGAGGCUACAGUGACGUUAGAACUCUUUGAGGUAUAGAGUAGCUCCAAUUAUUCCUUCUGAUAAGCAGGGAGUCCUGCCUCCCCGAUGGCUGCAUCGCCACCUGUCCCCUGUAGCAGCAGGAGGAGGGCUGGCUGGCGCUCUGCGACGGUGGAAAGGAUUUAACAACAAGAGGUUUGACCUGUGCUAGAAAGCCAAGGUAGACACUGGGCACAGUCAAUGGUUCGGUACAGAGCAUUGGCUAAGACCAGGGCUUUCCUGUUGUCGGUUUAGAACUGAGUACAAUGAGCGAGGCGCUCCCCUCCCAAUGUGCAUUACCUUGUGUUUGUCAGCAGCACUGUCAUCACCCGUUCUGCCCAUUCCUAGAGCCAGGUCGGAGCCUGUCUGAUCUGAGUGCUCCUCCAGCUCCUAGUUCAAAUUAUCCUCCCCCCCUCACACAUUCUGGUUAGUUUUCUGUGCCGGCAGCACUUGGGCUGGGGGGAGCCCCCCUCAGCCCUGCUGGAGAGGCUGUCCCACCAACACACAAAAAUAACCCCCCUCUUCAUACCAUCAUCUCCUCAGUGCACUGAGACGCUGAAGCUCCCUCUGUGCAGAGACCUGGAAGUUUUAUUCCUAGCAAUCUAAGUGACCCUUCACUUCCUGCUGUCACUGUACCACUAUGUGCCAAGACCGGACUCCUCCCCAGCACUAGCGGCACGUCUGUCUAAUGCCUUACAACAUCCUCUGCCCAGUAGGCAAGUCCCAGUCCUCAGAUACUCUGCCCUCUGCAUUGCUAAGGACUGAAUCCCUCACGGGAACAGCAGAUGAGUCAGGUUGGAAAGCAAAGACAAAGGCAGAACAAGAUCCAGUGGCUGGAAACUGAGGCAAAUUCCGAGUGGAAGUAAGAUGGACAUUUUCAACACUGAGGGUAAUUAACCACUGGACCAGUUCACCAUGGGGAGGCAGUGGCUCCUUCACCACUGGGAGUCUUUCAGUCGAGACUGGAUGUCUUUCUAACCGCUCCCCUCUAGCCCAGCCAGAAGGCCGGGCUGGGUUCAGGCGACACUGGGUGAGGUGCUGGGACCUGCGUUCUACUGGAGGUCAGGCGGGAUGAUCACAGCACUCCCUGCUGGCUGUGUGUGUGUGUGGAGCGACCCCCUUGGCACAUGAGGAACGUCAGCUGCUUCUGUCUCUCCAGCUCACCCGUGUCCCCUCCCAUCCCACGACUGGCUUCCCCAGUGGAAUAUCAGAGCAGCCACUCUGUGGUGGGCUUGCUCCACCCUCUUCCUAGUCGGCAUCUCCUCAGCUCCGGCAGCCCAGCCUCCCUCGCUGCAGGAUGCUGCGUAACAUCUUGCAAAGGGGCUCGGCUAGGCUAGAGACAGGCUUUAUUCUCUGCAGCGAGGGCACUGCAGGGUUCGUGAGCCCCCCACACUCAGCUGCCUCAUGGGACUUUCUGACGAGGGAGACCCCUGUAUACAGCAGCCUCCAUUUUACAAACCCUGACACUUUACUCCAAGGGUUUAUCUGCUCCCCCCGCCCUCCCCCAUUAUUGUGAAGGGCCUUUGGGGGUCAGAGAACACGGGUCCUGCUCCCUGCCCUCUCUCUGGGCACCAGCCUGACUGAGCUCUGCUGCUAUGCCACAACGCUCUCCUGUGCAGCGUGGGGAGGGGUCUGCCCCAGCAUGCAGAGCUGGCAAAUGCACCAGCGGCCGCUUCUCUCAGCUCCAGCCGGAGGGGCUGCCUGGCACCACAGCAAGUAGGACGUCGGUAGCCAGCCGUGGUUUUCCCUGCCACUGCCCCUGUGUGAGGGCAGAGAGCCAGCUGCUAGAGUGAGCACUGGGGGAGAUGGUGCUGGGGGGCAGGCUGCUAGAUUGGCUGUUAGUGAAGUGCUCAAAUAUCCUGUGGAUGAGAUAGACCACUGAAAUCCUGGCCUUCCACUUAAAGAAAGAUAACCUGGUCCCCCGUCGGCUGCCAGGACACCCACCCCAGGAUGCCUGGGCUGUGGACAUGUGGGGGUUCAUUUGCAUCCAAUGCAAACAGCCCAUGGACCUCAGAGCCAGGUGCAGCAUCUUGAGGCCAGAGCUGCUGAACUGGAGGAGCAGCGAGAGCUGAAACUAUUCCAGAGGUGACAAAAAGGGCCAUUGCAGAGCGCAUCUGCCUUCCCCCAUCCUCUCGGCACUGCAGUCAGUCCCGUGGCAGGAGGGGAUGCAGGUGCGAGGCAGGGCAUAUCCUCUUAGAUAGGACCCACCUUCCAGCAGGACAGUGGAGGCUGAUCAAACCUCAUGGACUGAGACGGUCGCUCCAGGGACUCGGAUGGGAGCUGGGAGCUUCCAUAGGGGAUUUUGAUCACUGCACAUGGGGAGACGGAGAACUGUUGGGUGUUUUGCCUAGGUAGCGUAGUGGGAGGGGCAGGGAGAGGUCCUGGAAGCUAUAUUUCACUCACUACGAAGAAUGCUUGGACAAGGGCCUCUGACAGCUCCACACCCAGGGCUGGCUAAGCAUCGGGGCGGGGCCGAGGCGAGGUCACGGAGGGAAAUGGUGGUGUUAUCAAACUGGCAGACCCAGGAGUUAAGAAUAGGCGUACAGUCAAAAGUAACCCCACCCCACCCCUACAGUGAGAAGCAAAGGACCAAGCUAGGGCAAUUAGAAUUCCUAGCCCAGAGAGAGGAGCUUUGAUGGUGGAACGACCAACAUCCAUGGAGAAGCGUGAGCUGGGUAGGACCCACCUCUGCAGGGAGGUGGAGGAGUAGUGCCAGAACUGAAGGGUUCAGUGGAACCUAAUGGGUGGCAUUUCUGAGUGCCAGGGACCACACAGCACAGCUGGUGUACAGACAUACUCCACAUCUGAAGAAUACAGAUCUAACAGUAGAUCAAAGAGGCAACUCAGUGUAAUGCAAGAAUAAUAAUGGGAGAUUUCCCGCAUAGCACCUGGUCAGAGGGCGCCACAGGACCUCGUUCAGAGACGCAGUUCCUUUCAGUGAUUGCUUCUGGGGCAGGUAGCUCCAGAGCACCCCAAGGCUGAGUCCCGAGUAGCACACAGCAGUUGGCUCAAGAAGGGAGAGUAGAUGAGCUCUGUCAUAGCAACCCAAAUGCCACCACACAGGGAAGGACAGUCACCAAAACCUGGCACAUUGAGACUACAAGUAAGAUGGGCAUUUAAAGAAUGAGGAAGCUGCUCAAAGAGGCCGUAGAAUCAAAAAUAAAGAAGCCAAGCCCCACAGAUUUGGAUUCCACUGAAGGAAGCAAUGACAGAGUCUCGGAGGGCAGGUCUACCUCAGACCAACAAAGGGAGAGCAAGAAGUGAACUCAUCUGGACAAAUGGCUGAUUUAGGAGGUUACUCAAGCCACAGACCCUUCAGAAAUGAGUGACGUUGGUAGGAAGGAGCAUGCACUACAGCCGACAAAACUUGAGGAACCCAUCAAGCUAAGAAGGAAUCUGAAGAGCAAGUGCCCACAAGUAUUAAAAAUAAACCAGGGGUAUGUGAGCAGAUCACAAGCAGGAAUUGUGUGAGGGAAGCGGUGGGUCUGCUGCACCACCUCGAGUCAGAGGGAGCAAAUACAGAAGAGUGGGAUGUUUCUGAGACGCAAAAGGAUUUCUUCACCCAAGUCUUCAUGGCUGAGGAUGUUGUGGAAAUUCCUACCCUGGACCUGCUGUAUCAGGGAUUGAGGGGUCAGACGGAAAGAUGCUGGAUCAUACCAAUAUUAAAGAGCAAUGAGCCUCUGGUGCCAGGUGGUGCUGCCAAGAGCUCUAACCCAGGGGCCGUCUCAACCAGUGGCCAAAAUGAACAACAGUUCAGAGGAGAGUCCAUGAAAUCCCCUAAAGGACACUUAGUGGGUAGCUUGUGCAGAGGAGUCUCCCUAAACCCAGGCCCUUAGUGGCUGGAUUACCAGCACCCACUGACAUUAGCUCUGCACGGGAGGGCUGGAAGAUAGGACAUGUUCUGUUUUCACAUCCUGCCAAUGACAGACCAGGGCCCGCACUUCAGGCUCAGCUGACUAGGUUGAAAUUAUAAUUAAAAGCAGAGCUUUCAGAAAAACAUUUGAUCUUGAUCUGAAAAUUUCCAGUGAUGGAGAAUCCACCACAACCCUGGGUACGUUGUUCUAAUGGUUAAUUACUCUCCCUGUUAAAAAUGUACAUCUUAAUUCUGGUCUGAAUUUGUCCAGCUUCAACUUUGAGCCAUUGGAUCAUGUUUAGCUUUGUCAAGACCAGAGAGAGAACUAUGAGGGACCUCAGAGGACCCAGCCAAGCUAGGAGAAUGGGCUACACAGUGGUAACAAUAGUCAAUGCUGACAGAUCCAAGGAGAGAAUCAUCUGACCAACUCCUUCACAUGCCUGGGUUCUGAAUUAACUGGAACCACCUGGGAAAGAGACCGGGGCGGCAUUGUCAGCAGCUUAGUGAAAUUCUCUGAAAUGCCGAAGAAUGGAAUGGCAAGUCCUACUGCAAGCAUUCUAUUGGCAGUAUAUAAACCCAUGGUGUGCUGUCACCUGUGGUGCUGUGUGCAGUGUGGGGCACCCUGUUGAGAAAACAAUAGAGCAGAAAUAGCGGGGAUUUGGAGAUGGGCAUUAAAAGUUAUUAGAGGCCUGGAAAAACUUCCGCAAGCGGAUACUGCAAAGUUUGGCUGAUUAGCAAGACAGGGAAUAUGACAGAUUCUAGAUCAGUGAAUGGCACAGGGACGAUCCUGUGAUACAGGGAGAAGUGAAAGUGGAAAGCAGCAAUUGCCACCCUGAUCAAAGGAAAAAGCUGGUCUGCAGAGGAGUAACCUCCCAUUCCUAGGGAUGGGGCCAUUCGGGUAUAGGAGAGAGGCUCGGAGUGGGAUAGAAACCAUAGUGCUUCAGGAAAUGACUGCCCCUGACUGCCCAUUCCUCUGCACAGGUUAUCCCCCUAUUGUCCUUUAUGGGGUUUCAUGGACUCACCUCUGAAUUGGCUGCUCCUGGCUGGUGUGAGAGACGGGACCCAGGGCUGGCUAGCUGGGCCCAGGCGCUGAUCCGGCCCGGUGCUUCCAUUUUGAACAGCUCACUGUUCCCAAGCCCUAGCAUAGGAGAAAUACAUUAUUAUGACACCUGUCAAGCUCUUUGGAGCAGGGCCUUACCAAAUGUUUCUUACCACAUGUACAGCACCUAGUACAGUGGCAGCUGGGGCAUCUAGGUGCUGCCUUAUACACAUAUUGUUUGCUGUGGAGAGGAGAUGGAUUAGAGGGGACACGGCAAAGGGACAAAAAGUACUGAAAGGCAAAGGGAAGGGUGUGGCUGUUCACCAGCUCCUGUAGCACAAGAACAAGGGGAUAGUCAUUAAAACUGAAAGGUGGCAAAUUCACAGCUGCGCAAAGGCAAGACUCACACAAAACACAGUUGGUGUGCGGAACUCACUGCCACAAGAUAGUGGUGCCGCUAGGAGCUUAGCAGGAUUUGAAAAAGGAUUGGACACUCAGCUGGCGUAGGAUAACUAAGCUGGAGUCACACUCAUAAGGAUCUUUACAAUCCAAAAGCUUUGGAAGGGAUCUAGCCCCUGUUUAAGGGGGUUGGGUGGUCACACCGGCCUGUCCUGCCGCACAGGGUUGUCCCAUGUCCGAGCAGACAUGAGCAGAGGUGUUGGCUGCCAUGAUGCUGAACUCGGUUUGUGCUGCUCUCCAUUGGUCUCUGCACUGUGGUUAGCGUGGGGACAACUCUCCUGCCUGUUCACAGCAGGGCGCGGAUGUGGUACCGCCGUGUAGUGCACGCCAAGCUUAGCCGAUGUGCCCUCUGCACAGCUUAUCCUGUCACUGCCACUGCAGGCUUCUUGCCUUUCCCUCGGGAGAAGCUGGUUCUGGCCAGUGUCAGCGAUGGGACCCUGCUCUGGUCGGGCCUGACAAUUGCCACAUUGUGUUCCCAGCUCUGGGGUUGACUUGCUGGGUGACCUGGGGCACUGCUUCUCUGUGGGCCUCAGUGCCAGCCUUGCCCUCUGCCGAGGGGCGGCAGGGCCCCUCCAGCACUGCCCCAGAUUCUGUCAGUGCUGCCGGGGGGUUGUGUGCCCUCCACCAGGCCACGCACCUGAGAAAUGCUCUUGGCAGAGCAAAGCCAGGGCACACAACAGCCCCCAGGGGAGCCCUGGCAAGGGACAUGGGGGUGUCGCGUCCAGGAGGGCGUGGGGAGGAGCUAGAGCCGGGGGGGUUAGGAUGGGGGUGAAAACUGGACCAAAGGGCCCUUCACCCCAGCUCGUGGAGUGCUGAGCGACGACACAGGGCAGCCCUGCCCAGUGGCCAAGAGCACUGGGAUCUCUGGUCCUGCUGGGACAUGUCCUGGUCAGCUCCUGCAAGGGGAUGAGGGAAGCCAGCCUGCCCUAUGGGUGAAAUGCAAAAAAAACAGCCCCCCCCCACUACCACCACACGGCAAACCUGCUGCAACCCCAGCCACAAGGCAACUCCGCAACCCCCCGCUUCAACAGCCGCCUAUAGUAUCUAGAGGAUAACACAGAUAGAUAAGAUUGAGAACAUCAUUGUCUUACCUUGGUCGUGUUUCUCCAAGGUGCUUUGUUUGUGUCCGUCUUCACUGAGAUGAUUUUUUCCCAGACUGCAGUGAUUCUAUAUUUUAACUAGAGACGUGAACGUGAACAUUUGGGGACUUUAUACAUAAAGAACAGCUAUUUAAUCUAUUUCUUGAAUUUGUAUUUGCCAUUUGAUUUUGCUGAGCUGGGCCCCAGGGUGGGUCCCACACCCAUGCCGGGCCUGUGGCCCCGUCUCUGUUCUGCCCUAUCUCAGUCCAUCACAUCCGUGGCUGAGAGUUUCACAAACAGCCCAGGGCUGCUGGAGCCACAGGUCAGCAGGCUCCAAGAGAAGCCAGGGCCAGGCUGCAGAGCGGAGAGCGAAGAAACACCCCUUGAAGCAGAGAUGCCAGGGGGAGUGAUCUGCAGCAGGGCUAAGCUGGAGCCAAGCACACCCAUUACGCGGAGAGGGAAAGUCCUCCCCGGGGCAGGCGCUCCACACUCCUCCCCUGAGCACUGUCGGGUCCCUCAGAGCCAGCAUCGUCCUUCAGCGAGCCCAGCCAGAGCCAGGGGCUUUCAGCACAGCAGUCUCCUGCCUGUCCUGGGAGAGCGGGAAAUGCCAGGGGAGCAGUCAGCCCAGGAGCAGGUGUGCGCCAAGGAGGGAGAGGAGCAGGCACCCCAGCCCCCCUAAGAUGAACUGCAAAGCUCCCUUCAGCAUACACCAACCCCAGGCCCAGGCCCGGCUCCUGCCAGCGUGCGUGUCAGCGAGCAACAGCCCGACCGGCCUGUGCCAGCACGAGGAGCUCACUGGGGUCCUCGCUGCCCCCCAGGGGAGGAAGCUGGUCAGUCCCAGAGCCCCCCCCCCGGGGAAGUCUGUGGACUCUGCCUCCCCCUGCGUUUGAGCCGCAAAGGGGUUCAGUCUCCACAGAUGGGUGUCCUCGUGCGGGGUGCUUGCUCCAUCCCAUGUGGAGCAAUCAGGGCGGGGCUCCCCCCGGCCGGGCACUUGGAAUUCCAGGGCUAGGGGGUCUCUGUGGGCACGUGAGCGUGGGAGUAACGCCACCAGCCUCCUGCCCCGGGAGGGGCCCUACGCCAAUGGCCGGUUCGAGGGGCACCAGGGCGACUUGGCGAUUGGUCUAUCGUGUUGAUUCAGUGCCCGGCUUGUCUGAGGCUUUCCCUGCUCAGCACUGGCCGCGCUUGGCUCUGAGGGCAGCCUUUGGGGGGUGCCGAUUCCGAGAGGCUCAGUUCUGUUUGUACUGUGAUUUGCCGUGUGUUUAGCGCUUCGUGAGCCUGAGGUAUUUGCACUGGGGUCCUGCUGCAGCCUUCCCUUGGCAUGGGGCGCAGUCCCUGCGCUCGUCAGCCAUCUCACGCCCCCGCUGGUUGUCUCUCUCU